UGGAUUUAUCGGACUUUCUGGUUCCUUGUUAUGCUUGAGUUACGGUAUCACUUACGGCAUACUAAGCUUGGCUCCGGAGCAGGAUUUAUUUGUUUAUUCAGUCAAAUCAUAUGUAUAUGACAUAAACAUGCAUUACAGCAACACUACAUACACUUUAAGUUAUACCUGUACAUAUAAAAGGGAGUAUAGCAUACUGUGGCAAAUCUGCAAAUCUAGACCAUAGCUUGCCUUUAAAGCCAAGGCUAACUCAUUAACUUUAGGAAACAGGACUGCUUAUCCUAGCUUGGCCACUUAACUUUGCAUCACACUAAACCAGGCCAAAAAGUCUUGCAAAGCAACCCAAAGAGCCUUCGAACAUACAAAAGAAAUUCAAAUCAAACCUUGACACUUGUGAUGUUUAUAAUAGGGAGGGAAAUCAUGAUACGUUAUCAUAAUGAAGGCAGAAUUUCGAGUGGAUCAUAAACACUUGAUAUGUACUGCAUAAAAGAACCCCACAAUGCCAGCACUCUAUAUUCACGGUGCUACAGUGAUUGCAGGUUAGUGAGCAUUUAUAGUGAUUUUAUAAGUGGAAAUUGUGAAAUAUAAAGCCAAAAUGAACCAGCCGCGUCCAAAAUUCUGCUUGUGAAGAGAGAAACAAUCAGGGAAGAUUUGGAAUAUACAAUUUUGUACCCAAGCACUUUUGUGGGCAUAUAACAGUUUCUUCAUCACCCGAACAUCGGCUCGCGACCCCUUCAUGAUUAAGGACUCCGGUUGCGUCCGAAAUUAGUCUAAAUAGUUACUAUAAAAAUAUAUUAUUUUGAUUUUCAGUAAGACCCGAGCACGUGAUUUUAUUUUUAACUAAAAUCAUAUAAUAUCAUGUGUUAAUAUAGGUAUAGAAUUGUAUUGCACCCAGUUUCAUAAUUUAGAAGCAGUUUUCAUACUUAAAAUGGUUUUGGCGUAGCUCAAAAUGCGGGCAGCGUUGUUACUGGUGGUUACCGUUCUGGUGGGGACCGUGGUGAGCGUGGACGUGUGGUGGGAGUCGGCCGUCGUCUACCAGAUAUACCCUCGCUCCUUCAAGGACAGCAACGGGGAUGGGGUAGGAGACCUCAACGGGAUUAAGGAAAAGCUCCCGUACUUGAAAGACUUAGGUGUCGAUGCUAUCUGGUUGUCACCUAUAUUUAAGUCGCCUAUGCGUGACUUUGGCUACGACAUCACUGACUACAAAGAAAUAUCCUCCGAAUACGGCACGAUGGCAGACUUCGAUGCUCUUAUGGCUGAAGCUAAGAGAAUUGGUAUCCGUGUGAUAUUGGACUACGUGCCGAACCACACGAGUCCGGAGAGCGACUGGUUCCAGAGGUCAGCGCUGUCGGAGAGUAAAUACAAGGAUUACUAUAUCUGGGCGAAUGGGACUGUAGACUCCACAGGCGCCAGGUCACCACCAAAUAAUUGGGUCAGUGUUUUCCGUAAGAGUGCGUGGGAGUGGCAUCCAACCAGAUUGCAGUACUACUUGCACCAGUUCGCGAUAGGCCAGCCCGACCUCAACUACCGAAACGCUGAUGUGCGACAGGAAAUGAAGGAUGUGCUUCAUUUCUGGCUGAAAAAAGGAGUGUCUGGGUUCCGUAUGGACGCUGUCAACUUCAUUUACGAAGUAGAUCCGGCCAAGUUCGGCGGAAAAUACCCUAACGAAGCACCUAUUGGCUCAGUAGCGACCGACGAAUACGAUUCCGUAAACCACACAUACACUAAAGACUUAGACGAGACUUACAACGUGAUAUUCGAUUGGAGAGCUCUUCUCGACGAGUACACGACACAGCACAACGAGAACAAACUAAUGGUGACCGAGGCCUACACCAGCCUGCCGAUGAUGAUGCGUUACUAUGGCAACGCGACGCGCACCGGCUCCGUACCAUUCAACUUUGUUUACUUGGAGAGUAUCAACAGCACUUCUGACGCCAAUGGACUGAAGAGCGCGAUCGAUGCUUGGAUGACUAAUAUGCCAGCUGGGAAGGUGGCUAACUGGGUGAAUGGAAACCACGAUCAGAAGCGUAUGGCCACGAGAUACGGCGAAAAGAGAGUCGACGCCAUGAAUAUGCUGGCGCUCAUCCUGCCUGGACUCUCGUUCACAUACCAGGGAGAAGAGUUAGGCAUGACAGACGACAUGAUCCCGUGGGCGUCGACGCUGGACCCGCAGGCGUGCAACACGGAGGACCCGCUGCAGUACUGGCGCGUGUCGCGCGACCCCGCGCGCUCGCCCUUCCACUGGGACGACUCUGUUUUCGCCGGCUUCAGCAACGGCAGCAGCACCUGGCUGCCCGUCGCCAGCAACUACAGGACGGUUAAUGUGGCCGUCCAGAGAGCCAUGUACAAGAGCCACUAUAAUUUCUACAAAGAUAUGGUCGCCUUGAAGCAUGGGCCUGCUCUCAAAUCCGGGAAGUUGGAAACACAUGUGCUUGGAAGCAAUGUAUUUAUAGUUACCAGACUGACUUCUAACCAAAAAGAAGGCAUCAUAGGUAUAAUCAACUUGUCAGGUCUCUCGUACCAAGUGGACAUCACGCAAAUGUCUGGGGUCACAAAAGAGCUCACCGUUGUCGCUUCUGGAGUCGACUGCAUUGUUUCUAAAGGGGACAAAACAGCAAAGAGUGAUAUUAGAUUGUCAGGGUACUGUGCGAUGGUGCUGCAGAACGCUGGCCAGAGGCUGAUCUACAGUUUCACAGUGUACUUCGCAAUUUACUUCUUAUACGUAAACCUAGCAUAAAUGUUGAGGAAGAAUAUAAAUAAUAUUUAAUUGUAAUAUUUGUAAUUUGUUGUAGUUGGUUGUCCAUUUGCUUGCAAAGUAAUUUCAUUAUAAGAGUGUCAUAAUCUUAGUAGAUGUUAUCAAAAAAGUACUUUUAUUCCAUUGUUUUCAAGAAUCAUUUAUAGCACUUGUAUUUUUUUUAAUUAGUUUGUUAACUGUGAAGAAAGAAGGAAACAGUCAACAGUGUAAAAAGUUGUGAUACUUAUUUAUUGUUAGAUAAAAAACCAUGCCUAUUUUUAUUAAUUAAAUAAAAAUAUCUACAUAAAAAUUAUUUGUUUAUAAAACCUCUUUUCUUUGAACCUAAUCCUUUCCUUUUUGGGUGAAAUGGUGAAAUACCCAGGGACUUCUUGUGCCUAACUUG